AUGGAGCAUUUUGUGGACUGGAAACGUCAACAUAGCUACGCUAAAGACAGUGUGGGGUCUCCUUUCGAUGACAAACAUACUCAUACCACGAAGCAGAAAACGCUGGACGAUGAGCAGCCACUUGUGUACCGUAAUGACGAGUCUGUAGAGUGUGCUCACCCGCCGCCGCUAUUGAUGCAAAAGCCGGUAGCUGCCUGGGCACUAGGAGGCCUUGGUGUACUGUUUCUUUUGGUGGUAGGUCUAGUGGUCCGAGGUGGCACUAUUCACGGCGCUCUGAGUGUGACUCACUUGACUGCAAAGACAAACACGUGGAUGGAAAUGUUACCCACUGACGUUGAAAAGGCAUUGCUUGAGGUAAUGAACCUAGGCCGGCCGCUGAUAGGCGAUUUGUACGAGUCGUGUAUGAACUUUAACAACACAAAAAUCUCGACGGCGAAUGACGUGUCGAUGAGUGUCUUGUUGCCGUUGAUAGAGCAGAUUGCUGUGACGAAGACGAAAAUGAAGUUGUUUCAAAUGGCAGGAGCAUUAUGCAUGACGGAGUCAAGCUUCGUAACCAUUCUUGAUUCUGAUUCGGAUGAUGAAGAAACAUACAUGCUGAAUGCAUCGCCGGAUGGGCUUACAUUGAACGUUGCUGAGUUUUAUUUGAAUAGUGAGAAGUUUGACUGGUUGAACGACGCGUUCCAUGCGUAUGUGAUGAAAUUGUUACUAUUGAUUGGAGUGGAGUCGCAUGAAGCAGCAUCAAAUGCCUCAGCAGUGAUUGCCUUUGAAAAAACUGUUACAGCCUUUUCUGUAGCGAAAGAUGAGCCUGGAAUUUCUGCAGCAUCGAACAACCGUAUAAGCGUGACCCAAGCUACUUCUAUGCAUCCGUUGCUUAUUUCACAGUUCUUGGAUGGCGCAGGUUUGCUUCAAAACCUCACAGGUCAGAAGGCUGAAAUGUACUUUACUGUAUAA